GCCAUGGCUAGUCUCAAGAAUAUCAUGAACACCGACGACGAACACGUCGAUCCGCGAUCCGGAAGCCGGCCCAUAGAUUUGGCUUCAAGGCCGUCCCUGCGCCCCAAUCCAUCGGCCUCCGGCUCAACCUCAUCGUCUUCCCAUAACAGCAGGCCUGAUCCACCUACUUCUUCGACGAUAUCUUCUGUCGUCGAUCACCUGUCAUCUUCGAGCACCAACCACAACAUGACCAGCCGCCGUCGUAGCAACACGAGUCUUGACUCUCUCGAACUGUCCAGCCAGGCGGGUCCAUCGUCAAACGCUCCCAUGAGGCCCUUUACAGCAGGAGUGGGCAAUGAGCCCCAUGUCAAACUGACACCCAUCACUCGAAAGAUUAGCAAAGCAAAGAAGGGCGUUCCAGUUCAUACCUGUGAUCGAUGUCCCAAGGUGCGAUACCUAGCUCCUUAUCUUAACUCCGGACAUCACUCACCUCCUGAUCUGUGCUGCCAGGUUCCAGGUUGCAACAAGACAUUCUACAGAAAAGAUCUCCUUGACCGACACAUCCAGAGACAGUACAAAGGUGCCAAGGACCCGAAACCGUCCGUUUCUCGACGCAACUCAAAGACAUCUACACAAACAUGCCCAAACAUGACUCAGGAGACGGGCUUGAAAAUGCCUGACAACCUCAAUGGACCCCGAAUGGGUGCCAUGGGUGGCUCAACAAACAACUCUACAAUGGUCUCCGGAUCGUGGACAUCCAUGACCGCUGCUCCAAGUGUAAGCCAGAGCUACACGACGCCGUCCAAUAUGACGAACACCACAGACAACUAUCCUAUGGGAGGAACAGACUAUGUUAUUGGGCCGACGACAAACGAUACAUUUGGUCAAUAUGAUUCAGCACCCCGAGCUAUGCCGGAACUUACAAUGUUAGCCAUACCUGAUAACGGAGCAUCAGAGGUGCGUUGGCGAGACUCAGGGAUGGCUUCUUCAGCUUCAGAGAGCACCUACUCGACACCAUCGGACAACAUACGGCACCCACAGUUCCCCAUCCGUACCUCAAGUGAGGACUGGAUCAACUCUGUUCCAUCUUACCAAACCGCCUCAAACGAGUUGCGAAACCCGAGCAUAGAGAAUGGAGCAUUCUCUGUCCCUUUUACAUAUACCAGCUCACCCCCGCAAAUCUACCAGCCCGUAUUUGGUGACAUGGGCCUCCCUCUCCCUGGGUACGCUGAAGGGGAUACGUUUGGUAGCGCGGACCAGAUCCCAACCUCUACAGUUCGUAGCAUGUCCCCUUCACUGGCUGUGGCUCAAUCUGAGACUUUAGUCGCCAUCCCAUCGAUACCAUCAGGUCGGAUUUUCGGCCUUUCCGGGUGCGGCUCUCAGCCUCCAGAUGGGGGCAGCCUAUUAAACAUAGAACUGCCAGUGUCGCUGAACGCAGCGGCUAGCGAGGCAGUUCCGGAAUAUCUCAAGGUCUACUGGGACAAGGUGCACCCCAACUAUCCUAUAAUCCACAAGCAUACCUUUGGGAAAGCAACUGUGGCCGCUGCGGAGCAUCUCGAGGUGCUCCGGUAUGCCAUGGCCGCAGUGGCAACACAAUAUCUUGCUGAUAAGGACGACCGCAUGAAAGGGGCUCAACUGCAUGCCUAUGCUUGGCAAAAGUCCAAGGUGGUUGUCGGUGGCCAGAAUAAAUCUGCUCCCUUUUUGUCUACCCGUGAUACCCAGCGCGCAUGGAAGACGUGGAUUGAAACAGAAGCCCACCGGAGGCUGGUGGCUGCUUGUUUCUUGUUGGAUGUGCACAGCUCGCGUUAUCACGAAGGCCAACACGUUUCUGCGGCCGGCCUGGAUUAUUCUUCCCCAAGUACCCUUCCUAUACCUCUCACAGGCGACACAACGCAGCUCUGGGAGGCAAAAGACGCCCAAAGUUGGGCCAAGACACGAACGAAAAAGAGUCCGAAAACUCUCUGCAAUACGAACCUGGGGACACUCGCCGCUUCCAACAUUGCCACGGCACCACCCUUUGACGCGUCGGUCCUACUCGCGGCGUAUUCGCUAUUCCUCUCUCCUCUUCAGUCUCCAACACAAGCCAGCCCCAUGGACAAUCUAAAGGGCAUCCAAACCGAGACGACUCCCAUCUCAAAGCUCUUCCCUAGUUCUGCCGUUGCCAACACCUACCUGGCCCUACAAUACACCCCCCUUGAGUGCCUUUUGUCGGUGGCUGGGGAGAGUUGGGUGUUUAACAAGAAGGUGCCUGAAGUGAGCACCUACAAGGAGCAUCAGAAGGUGGUUGAACAAUGGUGCAGAUCCGAUAUAUCGUCCAUCGCAGCAGUCUUUGCUGCCCGGGCACUGAAAGCUUUCCUCAACCUGGGAGCUUCAUCGGACCAAGCAGAGGAAAACAAGGCAAAAGAGACACGCCGAAAGACUGUACCAUGGACAGACAUCUCGGACUACUGGGGCGUGUACGUCUGCGCUCUGAUCUGUUGGGCCUUCAGCCGCACGGGCGAUAGGGACAGAUCCAACACACCGGUAUCACGGGAGACAGCGACACAGUGGAUAUUGGCGGCUUCAGAUAUGGAGCCAGCUGAUGUACAAAGUCAAGUCCAACGCUACGAGGCUCGAGGAGUCGUCAAGCUUGCGCGGGAAGCGUUGGCGACCGAUUGUCUCGGAGGAAGGAACAUUAUGUUUGAAGAUGCCGUGGGGGUUUUGAAACAGCUGGAGGGGAAGUUGGUGGGGGCAGUCUAG